AAGCGUUAGAAGUAUUCAACGAAUAUUUUCAAAUAUAAGUGAUAGAUAUCAAUUAUGCCAACUAUCCUUUACCCUCUCCCAUCCUGAAUCUAUAUCUCACCAGCCUUCAUCCACUUCUCAAAAUAAAUUUACAUCUACCGUAAAUCUAGAUCUCACCAAGAAUCUGGAUCUCGCCAUGAAUCUAGAUCUUGCCCUACAUCUCGAUAUAGUGAUCAUGAUUGAUUAUUAUCCCCAUCUUAACGAUAUUCUUCAAAACAAUUAUCACGAGAUAGAUCUCUAUCAUGUGAUAGUGAUAGAAGAUCAGCAAAUCAAAACUGUACACACAAUCGACAUGGUAUAUAUAUAA